UGAAUACAAAAAGGGCAGGCCUCCUGCGCCCUCCUUCCCACCCCCCUUCCUGCCCUGGGCGUGGAGCACCGGCCAGGUGUGGGCUUGGGUGGUUGGUUACCGCCUUUUGCACUAGCAGUAGCAAGGAAGGGGGGUGGGCGCUCUUUCUUUUUCUCUUAGAAGAGGGUUUAGCACAGGUUUUUUCGUUCUCACUUCCACACCACCUUACCGCCUCCCGACCCCCCCUUCUCCCCCUCCCCACCUAUCGUCAUGACGGCCUCUCCGGAUUACUUGGUAGUGCUUUUUGGGAUCACUGCUGGGGCCACCGGGACCAAGCUAGGCUCGGAUGAGAAAGAGCUGAUCCUGCUGUUCUGGAAAGUCGUGGAUCUGGCCAACAAGAAGGUGGGACAGUUGCACGAAGUACUAGUUAGACCGGAUCAGUUGGAACUGACGGAGGACUGCAAAGAAGAAACUAAAAUAGACGUUGAAAGCCUGUCCUCGGCGUCGCAGCUGGACCAAGCCCUCCGACAGUUUAACCAGUCAGUGAGCAAUGAACUGAAUAUUGGAGUAGGGACUUCCUUCUGUCUCUGUACCGAUGGGCAGCUUCAUGUCAGGCAAAUCCUGCAUCCUGAGGCUUCCAAGAAGAAUGUACUAUUACCUGAAUGCUUCUAUUCCUUUUUUGAUCUUCGAAAAGAAUUCAAGAAGUGUUGCCCUGGUUCACCUGAUAUUGACAAACUGGACGUUGCCGCAAUGACAGAGUAUUUAAAUUUUGAGAAGAAUAGUUCAGUCUCUCGAUAUGGAGCCUCUCAAGUUGAAGAUAUGGGGAAUAUAAUUUUAGCAAUGAUUUCAGAGCCUUAUAAUCACAGGUUUUCAGAUCCAGAGAGAGUGAAUUACAAGUUUGAAAGUGGGACUUGCAGCAAGAUGGAACUUAUUGAUGAUAACACCGUAGUCAGGGCACGAGGUUUACCAUGGCAGUCUUCAGAUCAAGAUAUUGCAAGAUUCUUCAAAGGACUCAAUAUUGCCAAGGGAGGUGCAGCACUUUGUCUGAAUGCUCAGGGUCGAAGGAACGGAGAAGCUCUGGUUAGGUUUGUAAGUGAGGAGCACCGAGACCUAGCACUACAGAGGCACAAACAUCACAUGGGGACCCGGUAUAUUGAGGUUUACAAAGCAACAGGUGAAGAUUUUCUUAAAAUUGCUGGUGGUACUUCCAAUGAGGUAGCCCAGUUUCUCUCCAAGGAAAAUCAAGUCAUUGUCCGCAUGCGGGGGCUCCCUUUCACGGCCACAGCUGAAGAAGUGGUGGCCUUCUUUGGACAGCACUGCCCUAUUACUGGGGGAAAGGAAGGCAUCCUCUUUGUCACCUACCCAGAUGGUAGGCCAACAGGGGAUGCUUUUGUCCUCUUUGCUUGUGAGGAAUAUGCACAGAACGCGUUGAGGAAGCAUAAAGACUUGUUGGGUAAAAGAUACAUUGAACUCUUCAGGAGCACAGCAGCUGAAGUUCAGCAGGUGCUGAAUCGAUUCUCCUCGGCCCCUCUCAUUCCACUUCCAACCCCUCCCAUUAUUCCAGUACUACCUCAGCAAUUUGUGCCCCCUACAAAUGUUAGAGACUGUAUACGCCUUCGAGGUCUUCCCUAUGCAGCCACAAUUGAGGACAUCCUGGAUUUCCUGGGGGAGUUCGCCACAGAUAUUCGUACUCAUGGGGUUCACAUGGUUUUGAAUCACCAGGGCCGCCCAUCAGGAGAUGCCUUUAUCCAGAUGAAGUCUGCGGACAGAGCAUUUAUGGCUGCACAGAAGUGUCAUAAAAAAAACAUGAAGGACAGAUAUGUUGAAGUCUUUCAGUGUUCAGCUGAGGAGAUGAACUUUGUGUUAAUGGGGGGCACUUUAAAUCGAAAUGGCUUAUCCCCACCGCCAUGUAAGUUACCAUGCCUGUCUCCUCCCUCCUACACAUUUCCAGCUCCUGCUGCAGUUAUUCCUACAGAAGCUGCUAUUUAUCAGCCCUCUGUGAUUUUGAAUCCACGAGCACUGCAGCCCUCCACAGCGUACUACCCAGCAGGCACUCAGCUCUUCAUGAACUACACAGCGUACUAUCCCAGCCCCCCAGGUUCGCCUAAUAGUCUUGGCUACUUCCCUACAGCUGCUAAUCUUAGCGGUGUCCCUCCACAGCCUGGCACGGUGGUCAGAAUGCAGGGCCUGGCCUACAAUACUGGAGUUAAGGAAAUUCUUAACUUCUUCCAAGGUUACCAGUAUGCAACCGAGGAUGGACUUAUACACACAAAUGACCAGGCCAGGACUCUACCCAAAGAAUGGGUUUGUAUUUAAGGGCCCCAGCAGUUAGAACAUCCUCAGAAAAGUGUUUGAAAGAUGUAUGGUGAUCUUGAAACUGCCAGACACAAGAAAACUUCUAGCAAAUUCAAGGGAAGUUUGUCUACACUCAGGCUGCAGUAUUUUCAGCAAACUUGAUUGGACAAAUGGGCCUGUGCCUUAUCUUUUGGUGGAGUGAAAAAAUUUGAGCCAGUGAAGCCAUAUCCUUACAGCAAGCAGCAUGCAGCAUACCUGGCUCUUUGCUGAUUGCAAAUAGGCAUUUAAAAUGUGAAUUUGGAAUCAGAUGUCUCCAUUACUUCCAGUUAAAAUGGCAUCAUAGGUGUUUCCUAAGUUUUAAGUCUUGGAUAAAAACUCCACCAGUGUCUACCAUCUCCACCAUGAACUCUGUUAAGGAAGCUUCAUUUUUGUAUAUUCUCGCUCUUUUCAUUUCCCUAUCUUCUGCAUAAUCAUGCCUUCUUGCUAAGUAAUUCAAGCAAAAGGUCUUGGAAUAAUAAAAUCACAAUCUUAGGAGAAAGAAUAAAAUUGUUAUUUUCCCAGUCUCUUGGUCAUGAUGAUAUCUUAUAAUUAAAAACAAAUUAAAAUAAAUUUUAAAACACCUGAAGAUAAAUUAGAAGAAAUUGUGCACCCUCCACAAAACAUACAAAGUUUAAAAAUUUGGAUCUUUUUCUCAGCAGGUAUCAGUUGUAAAUAAUGAACUAGGGGCCAAAAUGUAAAACAAAAAAUGAAGCAGCUACAUGUAGUUAGUAAUUUCUAGUUUGAACUGUAAUUGAAUAUUGUGGCUUCAUAUGUAUUAUUUUAUAUUGUACUUUUUUCAUUAUUGAUGGUUUGGACUUUAAUAAGAGAAAUUCCAUAGUUUUUAAUAUCCCAGAAGUGAGACAAUUUGAACAGUGUAUUCUAGAAAACAAUACACGAACUGAACAGAAGUGAAUGCUUAUAUAUAUUAUGAUAGCCUUAAACCUUUUUCUCUAAUGCCUUAACUGUCAAAUAAUUAUAACCUUUUAAAGCAUAGGACUGUAGUCAGCAUGCUAGACUCAGAGGUAAACACUGAUGCAGUUAGAACAGGUACUGAUGCUGUCAGUGUUUAACACUAUGUUUAGCUGUGUUUAUGCUAUAAAAGUGCAAUAUUAGACACUAGCUAGUACUGCUGCCUCAUGUAACUCCAAAGAAAACAGGAUUUCAUUAAGUGCAUUGAAUGUGGAUAUUUCUUUAAGUUACUCAUAUUGUCCUUUGCUUGAAUGCAAUGCCAUGUAGAUUUAUGUGGUUUUUAUUUUCUGUGCAUUACUUUAACACCUUAAAGGGAGAAGCAAAUAUUUCCUUCUUCAGCUGACCAGCAAUGGCCCUUUAACUGCAAUAGGAAGAAAAAAAAAGGUUUGUGUGAAAAUUGGUAAUAACUGGCACUUGAGAUCAAAAAGAAAUUUCUGUAUACUUGAUGCCUUAAGAUGCCCAAAGCUGUCCAAAGCUCUGAAAGACUUUAAGAUAGGCAGUGAUGCUUACUACAAUACUACUGAGUUUUUGUAGAGUUAACAUUUGAUAAUAAAAUUUGUCUGUUUAAUCUCAA